GCUCGAGAGAAUCUGAUUGGUCGAUAUGGUGUCCAAUCACAGAGCCCGUUGAUCGCAGGUGGCAGAGGAGAGCCGAUGUGCUGUGGAGUCUGCGGUUGCUAAUGCUGAACACUUACUUACCUUUAUAGUUGAUCACAGUUAGUAACAAUGAGCUCUAUUGGGACCGGGUAUGAUUUAUCCGCCUCCACCUUUUCACCUGAUGGAAGGGUAUUUCAGGUCGAAUACGCCAUGAAGGCUGUAGAAAACAGCAGCACAGCAAUUGGCAUCCGCUGCAAGGAUGGAGUCGUGUUUGGUGUUGAGAAGCUGGUUCUGUCCAAGUUGUAUGAGGAAGGCUCGAAUAAACGUAUCUUCAAUAUUGAUCGGCAUGUUGGAAUGGCUGUGGCUGGUCUUCUAGCAGAUGCCCGAUCUCUAUCAGAAGUGGCCAGAGAAGAGGCUUCAAACUUCCGCUCCAACUAUGGCCAUGACAUCCCACUGAAGCAUCUUGCAGACAGAGUGGCCAUGUAUGUCCACGCUUACACAUUAUACAGUGCUGUGAGGCCUUUUGGAUGCAGUUUCAUCCUGGGGUCUUAUGAUGAAGAUGAUGGUCCACAGCUGUACAUGGUCGACCCUUCUGGGAUUUCAUACGGUUACUGGGGCUGUGCUAUUGGGAAAGCCAAGCAAGCUGCCAAGACAGAAAUUGAGAAACUACAGAUGAAAGAUAUGACCUGCAGAGAACUGGUGAAGGAAGUGGCAAAAAUUAUCUAUAUCGUUCAUGAUGAGGUGAAAGACAAAGCCUUUGAGCUGGAGCUUAGCUGGGUUGGAGAAGUCACAAAAGGAAGGCACGAGCUUGUCCCCAAAGACAUCAAAGAGGAGGCUGAGAAAUACGCUAAAGAAUCCCUGGAGGAGGAGGAUGACUCUGAUGAGGACAACAUGUAAACACGGUGUUGCAAACCUCUCUGUUUUUCCAUUUCACUGACUGUGUAACGUUUCAGACACCCUGGCUACUCUCAACUUUACUGCAGAAAAUAAAAAAGUUUUUUAUGUUUUGUAAUGGACUAAUGUAGUCCUAUGUUUUCCUUUUGUGGGUUUCAGACUUGACAAUAAAUACGAUUUAUAAAAGAGAA